CAUACAAGAGACCCAAGAACAAAGAAAGCAUGGAUCAUGAUGACGUGCCUCCACCACCAUCGUCAUCCAUAAUGAACAAUGGUUCCAUGAACGGAGGAGGAGGAGGAAAUCAAGAGAUGAUGAUGAUGCACAUGACUUUCUAUUGGGGCAAGAACACGGAGGUUCUCUUCUCCGGCUGGCCGGGAACAAGCUCCGGCAUGUAUGCUCUUUGUCUCAUAUUUGUCUUUUUCCUAGCCUUUCUCACCGAAUGGCUUGGUCACUUCUCUUUCCUCCGUGGGACCACCGAAGAUUCAGCUAAUGCCGCCUCCGGACUCGUCCAAACAGUCGUGUACACCCUCCGUACCGGCAUCGCUUAUCUAGUCAUGCUCGCCGUCAUGUCAUUCAACGCUGGCGUGUUUAUCGCCGCCCUAGCCGGUUAUGGCAUCGGUUUCAUGUUGCUCGGAAGCCGAACUUUCCGGAAUCCCUCCGGUAACAGGGAAACUUACGAGAUUCCUCCCUCAGUUUGUGCUUGUUGAUUGUGAAAUAUGCAUAAAUUGAUCCAUACUUGUAUUUCUAACUAGAGAUGUAGGCAUUGUAGUUUUCUUGGAUUGUUUGUCACAAAACUUUUGUGGGUUGUUCUUGAGGUUCAUGUAUGUGUACUAG